AUGGCCAACCAAGCAGGUACCACGUCCGCAGCGCAGUCCCGCGUUUCGCAAGUCGCCUCUCACAUGCAGCCGUCUGGCCGGCCAUCGCUACUCGAGAAACACCCCGACGAUGUGGUUGUGACUGCUGCUCUCCGAACCCCCAUCACAAAAGGAGGAAAAGGUGGCUUCAAGGACACAGCAGGAGCGGAUCUGCUGCAUGGCGCCUUUGUCAAUCUGAUCCAGCGAUCAGGUAUUGACCCAAAGCUUGUAGAGGAUAUCGCAGUGGGAUGUGUGCUCGCACCAGGCGGUGGCGCCACUGAGUUCCGUGCUGCUGCUUUGGCAGCCGGUUUCCCAGACUCUACUGGUGUCAAGAGUUUGAACCGACAGUGUAGCUCCGGUCUGAUGGCCGUUACGGACAUUGCCAAUGCUAUCAAGUCUGGUAUGAUCGAGAUCGGUGUUGGUGCUGGUGUCGAGAGCAUGUCGACCCAGUAUGGCCCAGGAGCUGUCACUGAAUUCAGCGAGCUCCUUGAGAACCACAAGUCCGCUGCAGAGUGCAAGGUGCCUAUGGGUCAAUUGUCCGAACAAAUGGCCAAGGACAAGGGCAUUUCAAGGAAAGACCAGGAUGCAUUCGCGGCCAACAGCUACAAGAAGGCAAUCGAAGCUCAGAAAAAGGGCCUGUUCGACCAGGAGAUUGCCCCGUUGAAGGUCAAGUGGGAGGACCCAAAGACCGAGGAGACCAAGGAGAUCACCGUCUCCCGUGACGACGGAGUUCGUGAAGUCACUGCUGAGUCGCUGGGCAAGAUUCGCGCUGCAUUCGCCAAGGAUGGCACGAUUCACGCCGGUAACGCAUCCCAAGUCUCCGAUGGAGCAGCUGCCGUCCUGUUGAUGAAGAGGAGCACGGCCGAGCGACUAGGCCAGCAAAUCAUUGGCAAGUUCGUUCAGGCAUCCAUCGUCGGUGUGCCCCCGCUUCUCAUGGGUAUCGGACCUUGGAAAGCCAUCCCAGUUGCGCUCGAGAAAUCCGGAAUCUCCACGGACGAUGUGGAUAUCUUCGAGAUCAACGAGGCGUUUGCAUCGCAGUGCUUGUGGUGUGCAAAUGAGCUUGGCCUGCCUCACGAGAAGAUCAACCCUAAGGGAGGAGCAAUUGCAUUCGGUCACCCUCUGGGAUGCACCGGCGCACGACAAGUCAGCACUUUGCUUUACGAACUCAAGAGGACGAACAAGCAGGUCGGCGUGACCAGCAUGUGUGUUGGUACAGGAAUGGGCAUGGCAGCUGUGUGGGUCGCUGAGUAG